AUGGCCCGGCACCGCCGCUGCGGCCGUGCGGCGCGCACGAAACCUUAUCGCGGCCCUCGCUGGCCGCGCGCCCGCGUCUCCUCGCCGGCCGGCGCCCGCACGUCGGCGGCCGCGCGCCCUCGCAGCCCCCGCCCAUAUCGCCACACGCGCCGCCGCGCGCGCGCCGGCUCCUCGGUCGCCGCCCCGCGAGAACUCACCGCGCCUCGCCGGCCGCCGCCCGCGUUCCCGCGUGCGCCGCGCCGCGCGCCGCCGCCUCGCCCCGCCGGCCGCCGCCUCCGCACCCCCUCCGCCGGUCCGCGCCGCACUCCCGCGCUGCCCCGCGCGCCUCGCCUUGGCCCCGCCGCCGCCACCUCCGCCUCGCCUCGCCCGCGACCCCGUCGGGUCGACGGAAGCGCCGUGCCGCACCGCCCGCUCUCGUGGCCGCCGACCGGAUGCCGCACGCCGGCGCGGUGGACGCCGCCGCCUCGCCUAAAUGCCGUCGCCGGUACCCAGCACGCGCUAGGGCGCCCUAACAUCGCCUCCCCUGCUCGCAGGCCGGGACGAUGCAAGGUGGGCCGGCCCACGCGGUGA